CGUUAGGACGCAUGCACCCUUUCAACACUGGACUUCCUGAUCUUAGUUUUCACGAAGUAUGGUCACCUUUUUACUUUCUUUUUUACUAUGUUUGUCCAGGUUUCUUAAAAUGUAAUGGCUAGUAGAAGCGAAACCCUUAACUGGCUGGACCACAGAUAAAUGUCUUCUGAGUGAAAGAAGUUGGUUGUCUCAGGUUAAACGAGGGCCAUUCAUUGGGCUGGUCAUCCCCCCGUCUGCAGAGGAGAUGGGGUUUGGUGAAGCCCUACGGUGCCCCCAGGGCCAUGGAGCCCUGCUCCGCCUGCAGGACUCUGAGAUGAGGCUCAUGGAGAUCAUGAGAAAGUGGAUGACCCAGAGGGCGAAGAGCGACAGAGAGUUUGCCCUCCAGCUGCACCAGAUGUCCGCUAUGGUGGAGAAGCAGGAGGGUUCUCAGCCUGGUGGGGGUCUAGACUACAUCAGCCAGCUCAACAAGUCCUGGAACGCCAUGGUGAGCCAGACAGAGAAUCUGAGCCGGAUCCUGCGUAAGCACUCUGAGGACCUGAUGGUCGGGCCCCUCAGUAAACUCACCCUGCUCAUCCGCGACAAACAGCAGCUCCGCAAGAGCUACGGGGAGCAGUGGAGCCAGCUGAACCAGGAGCUGAACCGGGUGACACAGGUAGAGCUGGAGAAGAUGAAGGCUAGCUACCGACAGCUGGCACGGGACGCAGGCCAGGCCAGGAGGAAGUACCAGGAGGCCAGUAAAGAUAAAGAGCGCGAGAAGGCGAAGGAGAGGUACGUGAAGGCCGCUCUGAAGCUCCACGAGCUGCACAACGAGUACGUCCUGACCGUCAGAGCUGCACAGCUGCACCACCAAGACCACUACAACCAGGCCCAGCCCGCCCUCAUGAACACUGUGCAGACACUGCAGGAGGAGAUGGUUCUCAUGCUGAGGGAGGUCCUGCAGGAGUACUUUGACCUUUCCAGUCUGGUCCAGGAGGAAGUGGUUUCUGUCCACCGGGAGAUGUCCGAUGCUCUGAAGGCCAUUGAGCCACACAGGGAGUAUGAGAGCUUCAUCCAACAGAACAGGUCUGUGGCCGAGGUACCGCCCUGCGUGGAGUUCGACAGCAGCCUCCUGGAUGAGGUGGAGCUUCUGAAGGCUGGAGAGCUGGAGCUGAACGAGCUGACACUGGAGAGCCUCCAGCACCGGCUGACUGCCCUGGAGGAAGAGCUCUUGUCUCUGGCUGGCACACUGGGCAGCCAGCAGGCCGCCAUAAACCAGCUAGAACUGGACCUGCAGGCUGAGGAUGAGGCUGCUAACAUGGGGCAGAGGGUGUACCAGUUCAGCAAGCGCAGCGCUCUGGAGGACAGCCGGCAGCAGCUGGUGGUGUCCAUGGGGGCCCGCGCCCGCCUGGAGGCCCAGAGGGUCAUCAUCGCCGAGAAGCUGAAGUCGCUGGGAUCCCGGGACCCCCCUCCCGUGUGUCUGGAUGCCGUCACCAGCUCUGUCACUGAAAGGGAGAAGGACAACUACAGACUUCCUAACUUGGACACGAUUGUGAGUCACCUCAGUGGCAUCUUAAAGCCCAAAUACAUGGUUCCCCCUGCUGUACCACUGGUGCCUGAGUUCCAGAAGCCCCUGAGAGAGCAGGGCUGGUACCACGGCGCCAUCCCGCGGCUGGAGGUGCAGGAGCUCCUGAAGAGUGACGGCGACUACCUGGUGCGGGAGAGCCAGGGCAAGGGGGAGUAUGUGCUGUCUGUCCACUGGGGAGGACAGUGCCGCCAUUUCAUCAUCCAGAGCAGCGAGAACCUCUAUCGUCUGGACGGAGAGGGCUUCUCCAGCAUUCCCCUGCUCCUGAAACACCUCAUUACCUCUCACCAACCUGUCACUAAAAAGAGUGACAUCAUCCUAAAAAGGCCCAUCCUGAAGGACAAGUGGGUCCUAGAACAUGAUGAUGUCAUCCUCGGGCAGCACAUUGGUCGGGGGAAUUUCGGCGAGGUUUACAGCGGCCGGCUGCGCUCUGACAACACGCCGGUGGCGGUGAAGUCCUGCCGCGACAAUCUGCCCACUGAGCUCAAGAACAGGUUUCUCAUGGAGGCCAGGAUCCUGAAACAGUAUGAUCACCCCAACAUCGUGAAGCUGAUUGGAGUGUGCACUCAGAAACAGCCCAUCUAUAUCGUCAUGGAGCUGGUACAGGGAGGGGACUUCCUGUCCUACCUCAGGAGUGAGAGCCACAGCCUUAAAGCCAAGCUGCUCCUGAAAAUGGCUGAAAACGUUGCAUCUGGCAUGGAGUACCUGGAGAGCAAGAAGUGCAUCCACCGGUUUGAGGCAAGUCAUUAUUCCCUGUACCCUUUUCGAACAGAAGAUGUUCAGGACGAUUGGGCUAGUGAGAUAUUUGAAUCUGAGACCUGGGAAAACCAGGUGUUUAUUGCCGAGAUGGGGGCACACUAUUCUGUGGAUAUGAGUUAUGAGGGCACUGGACCUUUCAAGAGGCGCUACAGCACGGAGAGCGAUGUGUGGAGCUUUGGAGUACUGCUGUGGGAGACCUUCUCUCGGGGCUCCAGCCCCUACCCCACCUUCAACAACCAGCAGACACGCGAUGAAGUGGAGAGGGGAUACCGUAUGCCAAUUCCGGAAGCCUGCCCGUCGGAGGCCUACGCCCUGAUGUGUCGCUGCUGGCAGUACGACUGCAGGAAGCGGCCCUCCUUCCGCACGCUGAAGAGAGAACUGGCCGCCCUGCACUCCAAGCAUCAGUGAGCGUCGGGUCUACACAGCCUCUUCACAGCACUGUCUGCACUUUCCCCGCCAGGUUCACUCGAGGCUCAACACGUCUGGUGACGUCAGGCAGCUUGUGGGGUUCCCAUACCAACAGAGUCACCUGCUGUGUCUGCCAAUUCAAAUAGAGCUUCUGUCUGAGGCAGAAACGCAUGCCAAAAAGCUCAUUUUAAAAUCAUGUAUAUUAUAGUUUGUGGAGUUAUUUUGGGGAAACAUGCUGUUGUAUUAUUCUUUCUAAAUGGACAGCUGUAAUUUAUACUGUCAUUUUACAUGAACGGUACCACCAGAGCAAUAAUCAGGUGUAUUGUACAGCUGUAAUUAUUCGUGUUAAUAUAUUUGCCAAUAAUAUAUGGAUUAAUAUUUGUUGGAAUAAACGGUGGCGUAUUUUUAAAUGAUA